ACAAUAUAUGCGCGUGCGCACGUAUCAAGUAAUUGUGUCUGUGAUUGUGCAGUGAAGUGUAAGAACGAAGAAGCUUGUCAAAAAGUACAAUACAUACACCCUAAUUUCAAAAUGGUUCCCUCAGUCAGAAGGAUGUGGCUCUCCAGCAUCGUGUGUUCCACGUUAUUCGUGAUGGCGAUGUCAGCCGGGAACGAGUACCUUCCUCCGAGCAAGGGUUACAACUACGAACCGCCUUCCAUACCCUUCCCUACUAAUAAUAAUGGGAACAAGCAACCAACACCGCCACCGUACAGGCCGACUACACCCCCGAGGCCGUACCUGCCCCCCAACCCUCAGCCGACUCCUGGACCUGGACCCUCGCCUACUCCUGGGCCCCACGAUCAUCCCCAUGAUCACCACCACCACGACCACGACCACGGCAACGGUAACGGCAACCACGACCACGGUGAUCAUCAUCACCACGAGCCUGGCAUGCCUUUCGACUUCUCCUACCAGGUGGCGGAAGAUGGCAACGACUACAGCCACAACGCGAUAUCUGAUGGUGACAUCACCCGGGGAGAGUAUAGAGUAGCCCUGCCUGAUGGACGCACUCAAAUAGUCAAGUACACCGCCGACUGGAAGAACGGUUUCAACGCUGAGGUGACAUACGAAGGCGAAGCGAGGUACCCAGACCAGCCAGCUGGUGGAUACGGCAGUGGAAACACCGGUAAUGGCUACGGCAGCGGCAGCACGGGCGGUAACGGCUACCCCAGCGGGUCAGGUGGCUCCGGCACGGGCGGACAAGCCUACGUCCCCCCCAGCCAAGGAGGCGGCUACCAAUACUAAAUAAUACCCAACGAUAACGCAAGGUUUAUAAAGUUAUGAUGAUUUCUUGCUACAAUUACGCGAAUUGUUGUUUUAAUAGUCGAUUUUGGUGGGAACACCUCUAUUUAUGUCAUGUUUUUGGCAGCUGUCAAAUUGAAUCGAAAAUUUCCCGCCAUUGCAGAAACAAAAAUGGUUGAACAAUUUGAAAGAAAACAUAGCCAUACCUAUUUAAUUAGAUUUUCAUAAAUAAAAUGACGAUUCGCGUAGUUUUAGUAAGAAUUACGAAGUGAAACAAACACGUUUGUUAAUUGCCCAUUUAACUGUUUUUCUUUAUAACGAUACUAAGUUCUGAAUCAAACUUUUUUAACACUGAUGGCAUGCCUAAUACCACCUCUAAAAAGUCGACUAAAAUUGUUUGUAUCAGAACUUAUUCGUUACAAAGACUAAACAGCCGAAUAAUUGUUUUUAAUAUAAUACCUAUAGUUUAAGUUAGUAUUACAUUAACAUAGUUACCGAAAUAUAGUUACCAAUUGUUAUAAAAAUAUUAUAUUAUUAAUGUACUUCGCUAGCUAGAUAAUCAAUGCUGACAGUAGACCACAUUUCCUUCUUUUUCCUAUGUCAUAACUUAUUGAGGAAUGUUCUAGAAAUAGAAACAAUACGUAUACGAUUUACACAACUUGUAAAAUAACGUAUACCUUGUAAACUUACAUAAACAGCCUAUAUCUGUAAAAAUAUAACCUUUAUAGUUAAAAUAGAAUAAUAACAUUUAUUAUACCUUUUAAAACAACUGUAUUGUAUAAAAAGGGAGCUAGGAACCAUAUUGUGAUGUAAAAAAAAUACAAAAUUGCUUGUAAUAGUUUUUAAUUAAUAAUACUCAUUACACUGCCGUAUUUUGUAUAUUUAUUGUAUAGGAUAGAGGCAUAGAGGAGUAAAUUUGACAAUUCUUUGUUGAAAAUAUGAAGUGUCCUUUUGUACCUUAUUUUUUUAUAAAAAUAAAUCUAAGCUACAGUUAAA